UUCACAUCGACGGACUGCAUAGUACCUAAGCGGCAAUAGAAGUGGUUUGCAUAAAUUAGGGACGACUCUCUGUUAAGGGAAAAUUGCCAGGCAAUACCGAACUCUAACAGAUAGCUCGUUACCGACGCUCGCCAGCCCCAAUGGAUCAGACACACUCGCGGGCCAUGGAGGCCCUCCAACCCUUCGUCCACCUGGCCAACUCGAAUAGCGCUACAUCGCCUAAAUUUGUCGCCAACCUGAUCACAAAUGCCACUUCGAGUCCGAACACCUAUGUAUUCGCAGAGCUACUAGAGAUGCCCACAGUCCAAGCCCUCCGGUCAAAGGACACCCCCGCGGAGUAUCAAGGUUACCUUACACUAUUGGAGAUCUUUGCCUGGGGUACAUGGCAGGAUUAUCAAACAACGCCGAAUCUCCCUCCGCUGAACGAUGAACAAACCCUAAAGCUCCGCCUUCUAUCUCUUCUCAGCCUAUCUGCAACCAUCAAGCCGCUUACAUACCAGACCCUCAUGGAUUCACUCUCAAUAGCAGCCCCCUCCGAGCUCGAAUCUCUCGUCACAACCGCCAUCUACUCCUCUCUUAUCACCGCCCGUCUCUCCCCGGCGACGAACCCUCCGACCAUCAAUGUGACUUCUGUCGCACCCUUACGGGACGUGAAGCCUCAAUCACUGACAACGAUGAUCUCAAUCCUCACACAGUGGGAGACCCGCUGCGGCGACGUUAUCAGCGACAUCGAGGCCGAAAUCGCCAAGAUCAAGACCGACUCGGCAAAACGGCGCGCGAAGGAGCAGGCUCGGUCGGUGUUAAUUGAGCAGACGUUGUCAAACUGGGGCUCAGAUGGGGGUGAGUCAAACCCCCGGUUUCCAGGAUCCAAAAAGCAAGGUUGGCACGGAGGUGUAAAGGGUGGUUCCUCAGGGUUCGUUGGCAAUAAGCGCGAGUUCAGCGGGGAUGACUUUGAUGAUGGAUACUGGGACAACGGUGCUGAUGGAGCCUAUGAUUCACAAUUUUCUACCUCGAAGAUGGAUAUUGACCAGGGCGCAGGAUCGUCCGUUACGGGAUCAGCGGGUGCUGGAGCUAGACACGCGAAGCGUGUUUUGGGGAGGAAAACCUAAUGUGAUGUGAUGAACUCAAGUGAUUACCAUCUCUUUCUCGGAUUAAGAAACACUCUAUGUCUUUUUGACUACUAGGUGGUUCAAGCAAGCACUACGUAC